AUGCCGUCCUACAUGAUGGCGCUCAUCUUCUGGGUCAACUCCACCGUGCUUACCCGCGGCGUGUGGAUGCGCAGGCACUCUGACGCGCCUGGGGCGGUAGUGGAAGUGAUCGACGUGCACCCCGAUGAUGUCUACGAGCACAUGCUGCAAGGGUGGGCCCGAGGGCAUCCAAACGGUUUCGUGGAAGUGGGCAUCCUCGCAGCAGACGGUUUCGCGGGGUGCUUCGGCCAACAGAACCCGACUAGAUUCCUGGAGCAGGAGGAGUUUGUGGAGGAUACGGUGCACGUGCCAGUUCCUGUUCCUGCGCAGGAAGACGCCGACGAGGUGCCUGAACCCGUGCCAGUUCUGGUUGCUGUGCACGAAGAGACCGACGAGGUGCCCGAGCCCGUGCUGGUUCAUGCGCCCGCUACGCUGGAACGUCCUCUUCCUGCGCAAGAGGAAUCCGGCGAGGGGCCUGAGUCCGCGCCGGUUUCUGCGCCCGUUGCGCCAGAAGGCGCCCUCGUCGGGCCCGCCCCCGAGGACUCUGGCGCAGGCGCCCCCCCGGCCAAGCGAGGGCGCCCGGGUCGCCCAAGGAAAGGAUGGAUCGAACACGCCCGCUUAUCCUUCCCUGACACGACGAAGUUGCGGGAGGCCGCAGCCGAGGCCGCCGACCAGCUCCGCGGAUGUCGACAGGGACACUUGCGCAACGCAACGGCCGAGGGGCGCAAAGCCGUGGAUGCGCCGUGCAAAAACUGCGCAGGGCGCGCCCGCCAGCGGUGCUUCUCCUUCCGUCCGCCCCGCGGGACUGGCCGCCUAGUGCUCGUCGUCGAGAAGAAAGGGGAGUGCUGCCCAACGCCCCCGUCGAACGCCCGCAUCCUCGACCGCGCCAAGGAGUGCGCCCAGAGAAUGUCUCCCGUGAAGGCGCGCGACCAGAUGGCUUGCAUCGGGGAGAUGAGGAACUGGUUGAAGAAGGAUCACAACCCGAUCUACCUGUUGAACAUGGUCGACGCAAAGACAGUCUCCGAGGCGUUGCUUGCCGAGCACAGGUUGGAGUGGCUCUUGAUGGAUUGGACGUGGAAGACGAACUGCCACGGGAUGCUCGUGGGUGCCGUUGGCCCCGUGGGCCUCCACGUGGACGAAGCAACUGGCCUCCCGACUAUGCGCUUCCUGCCGGUGUUGUUCAUGGCCUCGGAGACCGAGGGCAGCGAGGCUUCCGAGCUUCUCUUGCAGGCUUACUUCGAGAUCGCUGACCGCCUUGGCAUCAGCACGACGCACGCCGUCAUGGACUGCCGGUGCAUGGGCGCGGCCGCCCCCCUGUGCAAAGCUCGUGGCAUCCGACUGCGCAGGUGCCUGCAGCGCGUGAAGGGGAACGUCGCUGACGAGGGCAAGGAGAUGUUGGACAAGGGGGGCGGCGUGAAGCGGAUGAAGAACACGGCCCUUGUACAUCCCAUCAAGAACUUCAUGGAAUUCUCCUCCGGCCUCCCCGACAGCGGCGUCGGGGGCGAGGGUGAGAGCGACUUGGAGUUAAAUGUGCUGUGGACGGAGAUAUUCGAUCGGUUGAGGGAGGACGGGGAAGAGUCGUUUCAAUGGGGCGAGUCCGCAAUGGCGGACUACCUCCUUACGAACAUCUUUACAGUGCGUCCAGACGGAACGAUCGCCGCACCCCGGCGCUGCGGGCUCGGGCAGGCCCCCCCUGGCCUUGCGACGUACGCGACGUCUACAAUUGAAAGAUCUUGGCGGACUCUCAAAGGCGUUUGCUGCGCGGGGGCCCCGAAGUCACUCCCAGAGCUGAUCGACGGAAUCGGCGCCAUGAUGACGUCGAGGAAGGACGCUGGUCUCUGGAAGUCCCUGCGCCGCGAGAUCAAGAUCCCCCCCCCUUCGCUGACUGGCGAGGGCCGCCGCCAGGUGGCGAGCAGACGUGAACGAGAUGUCAGCGAGGGGGAGGGGGGCGCGACGACCCGCCCCGCGAGGCUGAACCGCCACGACAUGAUGCCCCACUUCCAGCAGGAGGGCCGCGACGGCGCGUACCUCUCCAGCGCGUGCAACGUCGUCUUAAACGUCGACGGCGUCGCAGCCCAGACCACCUCCGUGCACGUCUUGCCGAGGUUCCACCAGAGCUGGGCGAAGGGGCGCAAGGCGGACGCGCCGGCGGCGCUGCAGCUUGGCACGGCGACGUCUUUUUCCGAUGUCAGGGAGGCGGCGAGGGACAG